UUAUAGUAAGAGCAAUUAGUUCUUUGAAAAUUCCCUGAGACAUUAUUUGCUUCUAUAUUUACUUACAAUCAUUGGUAGUUCAUUAUAUUUUAAGUAUUUAACUGUUAGAUUUAUAAAUCUAAAUGAAAUGUUACUAGAAAAAAAUCUACGUGGCCCAGGCAACAGACAGGAUUCGAACCUUCCGCUUUCGCUAUCUAGGGUUACGACGGUGCAGGUUCGAAUUCUGUGAGAUGCCUGCACCGCGUGGAAUUUUUCCUUGUUUUUUUCAUUAGAUCAUUGGUAAUCUGAAAAUACUAUCAAAAUCAUAAUUGCGUAGGUAUGUAUUUAGCGCUGCGUAUUAUUACCGCCCCUAGGUUUUUUUCACGUCCUCUAACCUUAAAAUCCUUCCAUUUCGAUACGUGAUUCAUGGUGAAUCCUACAAAAAACAAAUUUCGCCUCCGAUAAUUUUAAACUUGAACAAAUAAAAUCAAUUUAUAAAGGCGAAGGCAACGUAAAUUAAUGAAGGUUUAAUCAUUACUUCGGUUACUAUGGUAACUUAUUGGAUAACACCAAAACAUUACUAUUCUUGUAGGAAUAAUACAGCAGUGUUGUGUUAAUGUUUAUAUUUUUGAUUGCGAUUUCCUUUAUAAAAUUAAGCCAUGAUAUAACAUGAUAUGGUGGUGACGUCAUAAAAUAGGUUUCAUGUGAUAUCGAUAUCAAUCAAUAGCAAAGUUAAUGUGAAAAGUAUCGGUUUAAUUUGAUAAAAAUUCAUGAAGAUGAAAAAGGAACUAAAGGUCAAAUUCCUCAUAUUGUAUUGUAAAGCUGUGUCUCUCUGGAAAUAGGAGCUACUAAUUCAUUUAAAUAAAGUCAGCCAUGAACCGCUAUGUGGUGCUACAACAGCUGGGAGACGGCACGUAUGGCUCCGUGGUGAUGGCGCAGCGACGCGACACCGGCGAGAAGGUGGCCAUCAAACGCAUGAAGAGAAAAUACUACUCGUGGGAUGAGGCUAUGAAUUUGCGAGAAGUGAAAUCAUUGAAAAAACUGAACCAUGCCAAUAUAGUGAAGCUCCGCGAGGUCAUACGCGAAAACGACACUCUCUAUUUUGUUUUCGAAUAUAUGCGUGGCAAUCUUUAUCAAUUGAUUCGCGAUGCGGAGCGGCCGUUUCCGGAGCCCGUGUUGCGUAAUAUUCUGUACCAGGUGUUGCAGGGACUGGCGCACAUGCAUCGGCACGGAUUUUUCCACCGCGACCUCAAGCCGGAGAAUCUGCUGUGUGCCGGACCGGAGCUCAUCAAGAUCGCCGACCUGGGCCUCGCGCGCGAGGUGCGCUCGCGGCCACCGUACACGGACUAUGUGUCGACGCGAUGGUACCGAGCACCCGAGGUGCUCCUCCACGACACACGGUACGGAGCACCCAUCGAUUUAUGGGCGUUGGGUUGCAUAGCCGCCGAGCUUUACACGUGCCGCCCGCUGUUUCCCGGCAACUCGGAAAUCGACCAACUGCACAAGGUGUGUGCAGUGUUGGGCACGCCGUCGCGAGAGGAGUGGCCGGAGGGGUACGUGUUGGCGGAGGCGCUGCGGUUCCGGUUCCCGGCGUGCGCGGGCGUGCCGCUGGCGCGCGUGGUGCCCACCGCGUCCCCGCCCUCGCUGGCGCUGCUGGCCGCGCUGCUGCGAUACCCGCCAAGGGACCGCCCCACGGCACCACAAGCACUGAGGUUUCCGUAUUUUGCCGUAGGCGCUGCUCUCGUUUUACCGCCUCCCGCGUCCAGAGCGAGAAGGAGCGGAUCUCGGAUAGAGAAUGAGAAUUUACCUCCGGCACCCAACGCGCUUCCGGUGGCCAUACCGGGUAUCGUCGGUAUCGGUGCACCGCCGCAUCGAGACCGCUUCGCUGAUAUUUUAGGAGGCGAGGUAGUGCACGAGUCGGAGUCGGAGGCGGUGCGGCAGCGGUCGGGGUCGGGUGCGGGUGCGCGGCGCGGGCGCAGCGUGCUGGCGGCGCUGCAGGCGGGCGCGGGAGGGGGCGCGGGCGCGGGCGCUGGAGGGGGGCCGGCGCCGUGCCCCGCCGCCGCCGCUGCUGCAGCCGCGCACUACCUCGGCACCUCGCGCUACGUCGCCGGCACCCGCAUCGACGCCUCGCUCUUCCAUCCGGUGCCACUUCGAUUUCACCAAGAAGCGACUACCGUAGGCAGUGGCGCGCCGCGAGUAGAUUGGGCAGCGAAAUAUCUGCGUUGAGGGCCUUCCGCCUAACCUCGCCCGUCGAUCCUUAUUGCAGAGUCUCAUUUAGAAACUAUCGUGUGCUUAACGAAAGUGAAUAGAGAUACUUGGUGAAAUGCGCUGUUUGUGAUUAAUGUAUGUACUUGAUCAUGUUAAAAAGUGAAGUGCAUCAACAUUCUAAUGACCCAAUACUAUAAUAAUAUCUUAAGUUUAACGACAAUCAAGGGCGACCUCACACUUACUGCUGUCCAUACAGAGAUGUUUAAUAAAAUAAUACUGGCUUUUUUUUUCGAAACAGAUACCUAUAUUAAGUAAUUAGGUACCUAUAUUUAAAGAAAUUUCCACUUUGGUUGUUUGUCUCACCAGAUGGCGCCGCCGAUGAGUGAGGUCCUGAAGUAGCUUUUUAAGUUUGUAAAUACGUUUUUAAGUUUCCUGUUAGUGAUUUUUAAGUUUGUUAAUAAUACAAGAUUUAAAUACAAAGAUUUUAAUACAAGAGAACCGUAUCGUAAACACAAUCGGCCAUGCCACAGUGUUGCGCAGUUCCGAUAUUUUCGGAAAAAAGGAGGACAUAUUUUUUCUUAGCUCCGCUUUUAAAUAACUGACAUUCAUUGACACGUAACUCAUAUUUGCCAUAAUAAAUCUGAGUUAUUACCAAAUAUUCCUAACAUUACUUUAAUUUAAUUUGACAUUUCGGAGACCUCACGCUACACAGGCGCCUCUAGCGGCGGAUUCAUACGCAAUAGCCCUUAGUACUUUGAAUGCAGAGAUUUGGUGAUUCCCAAUUAGGAAAUUGGAAUUGUAACUUGAUACAUGGAUGACGACUUUAUAUAUUUUGGUAGUAGUUCAGAUGUGCCGAUGGUUUAAAAUCUGCACAAGGUGUUGGAGUCUGAUCCAGAACCCUCCAGAGUAUCACACGUUAAUUGGAGACCUUGGUUUGCGUGUUAUAGUCUCUCGAGAUAACUUCUAGUAUUAGACUUAAGACUGCGCGCCGGGCAUAUCCCAUCCAACAAAGAAAUUCUACCACCUGGUGGGAAGUCUAAACUGUUACUUUAUGACCACGUGGAAAAACAGACGAUUCAUUAAUGUGGGAGUGUGCCCUGAAUGCAGAGCCCAGAGGGAGAAUGUUGGGGAGUGCUGAUUCUCGUUUGAAUGGGCAAUUCAACAGAUGGUUGGUAAUACCCAGUAUGACAACGCAAUUAAAUUACACAAUUCCUUAGAGGGGCCAUACACGUUACAACGAUCGCAUGGACCGUCGCACGGACUUCGGUCACAUGCGACUAGUUCGAUCAUGAAUGAAUUGGUCGUAGUCGUAGAGCGGACUGAACGAUCAUGUUGCCGGUUCGUUGAAAUACUUAUCGUACAGUGGUUCGAUCGAUGGUCUGUGCGACUGUUUCAACGUGAAUGGUCCCUUUUAACCCUUGAAUUUGUCUGUUGAAUAGUGUCUGAAAGUGAUUCAUUUUCCUCAAGCGAUUGAACCUUUAAUGACUAUGUGCUUCGACUACACAGAUAUAAAAACAGAAAAAAGACAAAAAAACUUGCCUGACUCAAUGUGGAUCUUCAUCAUCAACCCAAAUAUCCCUAAUACUGGGUUUCAUGUCUUCAAUGAAUGGAAGAGGGAGAUUGAGCCAUGACCAUCCACGCAAGCCCAGUGCUUAUGCAACCAGGCAGGGCCAACGACUUUGACGGAGCAGCUCGAGAUAAAACAUUAUAGCUACCCAUCUGAUGACUGGUGAUAGAUAUAGAUAUCUUAACGCGCCGGCGCCACUAAGCUCCUCCAACAUUAAGGAUCCUACCACAAAAUAUAAAAAGCCCCGCACGCUAUCUUAUGUACGUACCUGCCUUGUUUAUGGACGUUUUAUUUAUUUGUGGCACUGUGACAUUAGCUACGCCGUUACGUGGACAUUGCGUAAGGGCGUGGCUGCCAUCCAUUAAAGUUCUGCUGCCGGACAAUUCUCUAUACUGCAACCCCAAAAUAUCAAAGAUCUGGCAAGAGAGGGGGGAGGAGUCUGACAUAAGCCUGUCACCUCCUAACCCAGUGGCGGGCGAGGGAUGGGCAUUUCACCCGGUUAAAAAAGGCCUGCCUUCCAUCCCCUCAUUUGUUUUGGUUUUAAGGACGUCUAGUUUUCAUUUCAGAAAGCGUUCGGGUAGUACUCGGUACAUAUUUUAUUUGUUACAUCAAAUCUGUAAAUUACAAUAAACUUAUUAAUAAAUAAGGCGAAGGUAAUGUAAUGUUGUUUUUAUAAAAAGGUGCAAUAUUUUUGAGGGAUAUGCGGGCGAAAAGGGGAACAUCUCAAUUUUCCCAAAAUGUCCAGAGUUUAUUUAUGUCAGGCGUCGGCAAUUAAUGGUAUUAUGUAAUAAAGGUACCUAAUUAGGUAGGUAAAUCGAGAUUCUUGGUUCAAGGUACUUUUUAUAAAAUUCACUCUUAAAAUAUCUGGACGUUUCUUACCUAAACGACCGACGCGACCGUGAAAAAUUAUUAAAAGUAGUAUUUACUCAUACAAACCACGAUCCGCGUUGCAUAUUUAAUAUACAAAUAACGCCGCGGGUCGUGGUCAACCUAAGUAAGUAUACCGAUUUCACUUCAUAAAAUUAGAGGAUGGCUGUAGUAAUUUAAUUUGAACAUUUGUUUUUUAGUCUAUACUUUUAAACACAUAAAACAGCUUAUAACGCUGUCCACCAUGAUUGUGACGUCACAAAAUUUGUAAACAACUGAACGUCAUUGUCUUGUUACUGUGGUUUCUUUCGUUGGACUAAAAUAUAUCUAAAAGCUCAUAGGUAUAUCUUGUAAAAAAGUUUCCGUUUAUUUAUUUUGUUGACUAAACUAAUGCUGGACGCCGGAUUUGUCAAAGCAGAAACGAUAUAACUCUUAGACUUAGUACAUUCAUAACCCUAAAAAUUGUAUUUUAAACUUUAAAUAUUAUUCAAUCAGUACUUACAACGAAGUGAUCUUUGCAAAAAGAAAUGACUUUCAGCAAGUUUUAGGCCGUAUACAGAAAGAAAGCCGAAAGCCGAUCGGCGCCGAUCAGCGCCGAUCGGCGCUUAUCGGCGCUGAUCCUUUUUCUAUGGACCGGCGCCGAUCGGCGCUGAUAGGCGCCGAUAAGCGCCGACACGCGCUGGUCCGAAUGAUAAAUAAUUUGUAUUUGAAUUAUUAUCCUUAGAUUAAAUCAAUCUAAGAUAUAAUCUUUUUAUAAAUCUAAUAACUUUAUCUUUUAUUAACUAAGCGCUAAAAUUAUUUGUUUCGUACUUACCGAAUGGUGACAACAAGUCUUUCAGAAAUCAGAAAUCAAUAUAUCUUUAUUCAAAUUGGAUGUAUAGUACAACUCUUCUGAAUCGUCCAAAAAUUUUUUUUCCCUACCACACGUUAUGGACAUAUUUUUUAGCUGCGGAGAAAAACGAGCGAAAAAAACUCCACAACAUUAAAAGUCUAAUGUAACAACAUUUACAAAUCAUUAUGUUGUUACAACGUCAAUACAAUUAUGAUUUAUUUAAUAUAGAAAACCUGUUGGAAUGAUUGGAACAGUUCAAACCCAAGCAUUUUUGUCUGUAAUAUAAUCAGACACUUUGUAAUAAGCUUUUUUAAUAAGUGUUUUUUUUUAUAAUAUCUUUAAAUUUAUUUAUGGCUAACUCUUGGAUAUUGCUUGGGACUUUAUUGUAUAAGCGAACAACAUUUUGGCGAACAACUUUCUUCUGGAAGGAUUGGUUGUUUAUGCCAAUUGUACCAAUUUUUCAUCAAACGGCUUUUCACUAAAUCCAAAAUGUAAUAAAAUGUUUCUUGAAUCAUUCUUGUAUAUGUAUAAAAUCUUUGUUCAUCAAAUUUAUUUUUUUUUACAAAUAAAUGAUGGUAUUCUCCGAAACGUUUCCUUUCUCUAUUUAUAGGAUGUAUAGCUGUUUUUCGCAUUUUUAAAUAAACAUUUUCUAACAAAACCAAAUCAUCGUCCGAUGAGUCCGACAUUUUGCUUGAUCUGCUUUAAUCGGCUUCCUUUAUGUAGGAAGGAUCGGCGCCGAUAAGCGCCGAUCGGCUUUCUUUCUGUAUACGGCCUUAGACAUGUGUUCAUGUUUAAGUCUUUAACGAUGUGUUACUACAUUCUCGUAUAAUACAAUCAUAAUAAUUACUAUAUUUUUCAUGAAAUCAUGGUUUUAUAAUAUAAACUCAGAUAGUUUAUUUUCUACGUGCUUGGGAGUGUUUGUUUACAAAUGUUUUGAAAUCUUAGCAUACAUAAAGCUAUAGACUAAAAUGGCCAACAGCUUUUUGUAUGUCCAUGAAAAAUCUAUUUUAAAAUAUAAGUUUUGGAGCUUACUCAAAAAAAAAUACAAUACAUUUUUUUAUUGGUGUAAUAAAACAAUUAUUAAACCAUUUAAAACAUAUUUCCAAAACUAGCCUAUUUGACAACAGUAUAUCCUUGUCAGUCUAUACAGAAUGAAUAGCAGAGGCUGCUGUUAAAUUUAGUUUUAAGUUUAGAGAAUCAUGCCUGAGUCGACACCCACCAGUGUCUGUCUGAUGGUAAAUAUCUACCACUGCAUGGCAAUGUAGUGUCUUCUUUAAAAAUUCUAUGUUAUAUCUUCCUUUUUUAAAUAAACAAAAUACUCAUUUUAAUUGGUAUCACCUAUCCUUCAUUUCACUCAGAAAAAAAUACGUAGAUCUACGGACUUUUCAUAUGCAAAUUCUACUAAUUCUAUGUAAUUUUCUCAUAAGGCCUAUGCCUUUUUCAAAAUUCGAGUUGUCAACACAGCUGGAAAGGUCCAUGAUGCUAGAGUGACUGGGAAUAACAGCGCAAGACUUAUGGCACACUAUGGCAUGACUUGUAUUGGCAAGUUUAUCACAAACCCUAAUUUAUUAUAUCAUUUCAAUAAUUAGUUUAAGAUUUAAAUCGCUAUCUACUGAUUCACGUGGAACUAGCUACUAAAACGCAGUAGUGCCAUUUUGACACACGGAAAAUUAAUAUUGUACAGUAUUGUUCAAUCAAAUAAAUUAAAAACUAUGAUUCAAAACUUUUUUAAUUUAAACCAUUAGACCCCACCACAGCUCUCCUCUCAUCAAGUAUAAGUGGAGUCCAGAAAGAAAGACAGGUAAUGUGGCUGAAAAGUGAACCACUCAAGUUGUUAUCCUGUGAAUCCCUGAAACUUUACUAACAUAUCACCAAAAGGUAUAUCUACUGCUCUGUCUGGUGGAGAUUAUCACUGUGGAGUCCUGAAAACCUUACUCACUUUAGGAACACAACACACAAGAAUGUUGUUAAAUUAAUGCAUAAUACAAUAAGGUGGAUUACUUCACUCGAAAGAUGCUCCAAUUCAAAAUUUUACCUUUGAUAAAGUAUUUCUGCUUGAUUUUAAAGUGGCACUUUAUUUUUGAUAGUAAAAUAGCUUUUGGUUAUUUCUUUAAUGCAAGUUCUUUUUAACAAUAUAGAUCGGAAAGUGCUUCAGUAACUUGGCGUCGGGUGGUAUUUAAGUGUAGCUAUCAAAGGGAAGUUUAAAUAAACUUAAGUUUUUAACGACACGGCUGGCACCUUCACGGUGACUAUGAAUAGAUUCAUUCAAUCCAAAAUUUAAUCUGUCAUCCAGUAGAAAUAGAAGAAAAGCAAAAUUAAAGUGCAUAGAUAACUUCAUACUAUAUUAUGUACAUUUAGUUUUAUAUAAAAUUUGACAGCAAUCAACAAGGGGGUCUGCAAUAAUGCUCCAUUUUUAGUAUAUAUAUACAGUGCGGUUCACUCAUACUUGAGGUAGGACUUGGUGUCGAGUGUGUUGGGCGGAUGCGGAUGAGGCGGUGGGUGCGCGGGCGCGGAGCCGGGGCCGGAGGCGGCGGGCGCGGGGGCGGGCGCAGGCGCGGGCCAGUCUCCCGCCCAGUUGAAUACGCGCGCGCCGCCCUCCACCAGCCCCCAGCCCAGCAGCUGCGACCCGCGCGCGUCGCGCUCGCGCUUCGGCGACGCCGUCGAUAUGUUCACCGACACGCCCUUGAUGAUGUGGUCCUGCCCGCACAGCGACUGCGCCACCUCCGGGUCCAAGAACGUCACGAAGCUGAACGCGCGGAACGGCCGCGGAACGAACACGUCUGUCACUUGGCCGAACGCACCGAAGUACUCUCGAAGGUCGUCGGCGGUGAGGCUCUCGGUGCACCGGCCCACGAACACCUUGCGGUGCGCGGUGGCUCCGCCGUCCUUGCCGUUGGGAAUCCGAACGUCGCACCAUCGCCCGUCGAUCAUGUGUCGCCGCCCGAGCGCGCGCACCUGCGCCUCGUAUUCGGAGAAUUUGAUGAAUCCGAAGCCUUUGGAUAGCCCCGUUUUAACGUCGCGUUUCACUUGCACCAUGAGCAACUCCCCGAAGGUGGAAAAGUAGUCGCGGACCGCUUCCUCUCCCGUUUUCCACGGCAGGCCGAGCACUAUGAGGUCGGAGCAGCGCGGCCUCGGGGACGAGGCGGGCUCGGCGCGGGGGAAGGCGCACCAGUAGCGGUGAGCGGCCCAGCCCUCGGCCGGCGGAGACAGGCGCUCGUCGGUCUGGCGCACGCCUCGUAAGCGCCCGCCGGCGCGAUACUUGAGACCGCUGGCUCCCGCGAACUGGGCGGCGACGGUGCUCAGCAGCAACGUCCCGUCCUCUUCUGUCGGCAAUUCGAUGGGCUCAUCUUGCUCGCCCUCGCUCACCGGAACGUAUUCUAUCGACAUUUCGUUCACCCCCCGACACGCACUCUUUCAUUCCUCAUUUCGUUUACAUUAUAGUCUCGAUGACAAAGAAGUAACAGUCUUUUCGACUGAAUUCUUACGAAUCACAUAUAAUCAUGUACUAUUUUCGACUUUUUUCUGUCCUUCUUUCGUCCACUUGGCAUACGCGUGACGUAAAGUACAAACGUGACAUCUCUGCUUGCUUGUCAUUGUCA